AUGAGCGCUAAAAAGAAUACAAAUCAAUUCGAAGAGGGUUCAGAGGAGGAUUAAAUCAAAAAGAAAGUAAAGAGAAAUGAAGAGCAAAAGAAAAGUAAUGAUUAGAAUGACGACGAAUUUGAAGUCGACUCGCAAUAAGAGGAAGACGAAGAAAUUGAAGAUGAUGGUAUCCAAACCUCUUCACAUUCCAGCAUAGAUUUAUAGGCUUACUUAGAACAAAGAGACUAAAUUCCUGAUAGUGAUGAUGAUGAAGAAGAUGAAGAUGACAAUAAAUAAAAACAAAAGAAAUAAGCUCAAACCAAAUAAAAAUAAUAGAAAGUAUCUAAGAAAAAGUAGGAUGAUGAUGAUGAUGAAGAUAGUGAUGAUGAUGAUGAUGAUGAUUUAGAGGGUGAAGAUGAUGAUGAUGAUGAUGAAGAAGAUGAAGAUGAAAAACCACCUUAAAAGAAAUAAAAAGUUUAAUAAUAAUAGAAGACAAAAAAAUAAUGAUGAUUUUUUCAUAAAAUCUAUUUAUGUAUUUUAAUAUU